AUGUUGAUCUCUUUAAGUGAUAACCAGUGGAAAAAUUCAGACUCUGCCAUGGAAUAUGUAGGGUUGUUUAACAAAGAAAAGAUUGCACUGAUGAAAAAGGGAGUUCUGAUUGUGAAUAAUGCUCGAGGGGCAAUUAUGGAUGCUGAGGCAGUUGCUGAAGCGUGCUCCAGUGGGCAGAUUGGAGGUUAUAGUGGAGAUGUGUGGUACCCUCAACCAGCUCCCAAAGAUCAUCCAUGGAGAUACAUGCCAAACCAGGCAAUGACACCUCAUAUUUCUGGCACCACAAUUGAUGCUCAGUUGAGGUAUGCUGCUGGAACCAAGGACAUGCUGGACAGGUUCUUCAAGGGAGAAGACUUCCCUGAACAAAAUUACAUUGUUAAGGAAGGUAAAAUCGCCAGCCAGUAUCAGUGAUACUGCUAUUCCUCAAAUAUGAGGAUCGCCUUCUACUCUAGAGUCUUUUUCAUGAAAUAACCGAUUCUCCGAAUGCUUUCACAAUAAUGGAGCUGAGAAGAAACUAUUGUGACUGAGUUUCCCAUGUUCGGCGUAAAAAAAGUGUUUCCCCAUUGUUUUUGUUUGAUCUUUUUAUUUCAUUUACUAUGAGCUUGAGGAUUAAUAAAGUUGUGUUUGUGCAUCUGAUUGGCACAUUCAUCCUUUGAACA